AUCUUGGCUGAGGGCAGUUCCGCCCGCUCCUCACAGCGCUCCGCGUUCCCUCCUAAAUCCAGCCGGGAACGGCGGAAUUAAUCCGGCUGGAAAUGGCGAGGUGGAGCCUAAACCUCCUGGGGCUGAGCCUAAAUCCCCUAGGAUCCAGCCAAAGCGCCCAAAUCCUGGAGCUUUCCAGGGAUAGGGGCGGUACCGGUACGGUGUGAGAGGGCGGUGACUCCACAUCGCCCCGCCCCUUUCCGGCCCCUCCAGAGGCGGUGCCGCCAUUUUCUCGGCCCCGCCAUUUUCUUGGCACCGCCCACGGGGCCGGUUCUGGGCCGGGACCGGCGCUGGUCCCCUAUCUCCUUCGCCACCGGAGCGCCCUCAAUGUGUCCCCAAGGUGUCCCCAGGGAGCAUGGAGCCCCAAGAGCUGUCCCCGGCAAUGCUGCACCCGCCGGUCACUGUGGUGGCCACCCUGGGCGAGCUGCUGGCCACCCUGCCCAGGCUGGACGAGAUGAAGAUGCUCGUGUCCCCAUUGCGCCUGUACUCGGACCUGAAGAAAUUUUGCAAGGAUCUCCGGGCCACGCUGUACCGCAUUAAUGGCACCUGGUGGCAUCGCAAUGUCACCUGUGAUGGUGAUGACCCUCCGACCUCCCUGAGCCGCGCCCUGGCUGCCUAUGAGAGGACCCCAUGGACCACCUGGUUCCACGUGACAGUGGAGGCCUGGCACUGGCACGAGUUGGUGGAUGCUCUUGUGGACAGCUGGGCCCAGCUGGCCGGGGCGGCCACCAAGCUCCGCAACACCUGCAGGGAGGUGGCCACUGAGGCAGGAUAUAGAAUGGCCACUGCCUGGGCCAGGCGGCUGCAGGACAAGGCUGCCCAUGAUGGGACAGCUCAGGAAAACACGGUGGAGCUGGGUCAGGCCCUGGGCAGGGAGGAGGGGGCCGAGGUGGUGGCCAGGCAUGAAGCCCGGGUGAGGAGAGAUGCCCGGGUGGCUACCAACAAGGCAACCAGGGCCACCACGGUGAGACAGCGGGCGGAGGAGGCCCUGGGGCUGCUGGAGCGCUUGGUGGCCGCGUGUCACGAAGCCACUGCUUUCCCCCAGGCGCUGCAGCGCCUGCUCAGGAACACUGAGGCUGCCCUGGAGGGGACAAAUGAGGCGUCCCCCAAUGUCCCUGAAGACUUGAUGGCCAAGGUGGCCAAGGCCGAGCGGCUGUGGGAGGCCAAUGCCCGCCUGGCCAAGGAUCACCUGCUGGGAGCAGUUGAUGACAUCAUCAAGUUCUAUUUCACUGGUGGUCCUGCCAGCCCCAGUGGCUGUGGAGUGGCCGAGCGGUGCCAAAGAGCCAUCGAGGACAUCCCAAGGCUCCUUCGAGCCCAGGAGCAUCCCCAGAGCAUCCCCGAGGUGUCCCCAGUCAGCAUGGAGCCCCAAGAGCUGUCCCCAGCCCUGCUGCAGCCACAGGUCACCGUGGUGGCCAUCCUGGGUGAGCUGCUGGCCACCCUGCCCAGGAAGAACGAGAUGAUGAUGUUAUCUGCAGUUCACCUGUACUGGGACCUGGUGGACUUCAACGAGUACCUCACCACCCUGUACUGGGUUGAUGACAUCUGGUGGCGCUACAAAGUCACCUCUGAUGAUGAUGAACUUGUCACCUCCGAUGAUGAUGAUGACCAUCUAAUCUCCCUGAGCCAGGCCCUGGCUUCCUGGGAGAGCACCCCAUGGACCACAUGGGACCAUGUGACAAUGGCGGCCAUCCAGUGGUCGGUGUCAGUGGACAUGCUUGUGGACAGUUGGGCCCCACUGGCCAGGAGGGCCGCCAAGCUCCGCAACACCGGCAGGGAAAUGGCCACUGAGGCGGCCGCAAUGCUGGACCAUGCCACCAUAUGGGAGAGGGAGCUGCAGGAGGAGGCUGCCCGUGAUGGGACAGCUCAGGAAAACAUGGUGGAGCUGGGUCAGGCACAAGGUGGGGAGGAGGGGGCCGAGGUGGUGGCUGGGCACGAAGCCCAGGUGAGGAGAGAUGCCAGGGUGGCUGCCAGCGAGGUAACCAGGGCCACCAUGGUGAGACAGCGGGUGGAGGUGGCCCUGGGGCUGCUGGAGCGCUUGGUGGCCGCGUGUGAUGAAGCCACCGUCCUCCCCCGGGAGCUGCAGCGCAGGGUUGGGGACAUCAAAGCCGCCCUGGAGGGAACAAAUGAAGCAUCCCCCAAUGUCUCUGAGGCCUUGGUGGCCAAGGUGGCCGUGGCUGAACGGCUGUGGGAGGCCAACGCCCGCCUGGCUAAGGAUCAUCUGGAGGGGACACUUGAUGACACCAUCAACCUGUAUUUCAGUUGUGGUCCCAACACCGCCUGUGGGGUGGCUGAGCGGUGCCAAAGAGCCACCGAGGGCAUUUCAAGGCUCCUUCGACCCCUGGAGUGCCCUCAAGGUGUCUCCAAGGAUUCACCAGUGAACAUGGAGCUUCAAGAGCUGUCCCCAGCCCUGCUGCAGCCACAGGUCACCGUGGUGGCCAUCCUGGGCGAGCUGCUGGCCACCCUGCCCAGUCUGGACGAGAUGAUGCUGCUGUUCCUAAGGUGCCUGUACUGGGACCUGGAGGAAUUUAUCAGGGAUCUCCGGGCCACUCUGUACUGCACUGAUGACAUCUGGUGGCACCGCAAUGUCACCUCCGACGAUGAUGACCCUCCGACCCCCCUGAGGCGGGCCUUGGCCACCUGUGAGAGCACCCCAUGGACCCCCCAGAACCAUGUGACACUGGUGGCCAGCGAGUGGCAGGGGUCGGUGGCUGUGCUUGUGAACAGCUGGGCCGAGCUAGUCAGGGCAGCCACCGAGCUCCACAAUGCCUGCAGGGAGGUGGUCACAGAGGCAGCCGACAGGGAGGCCACCAGCACCGCCCGGGCCAGGGAGCUGCAGGACAAGGCUGCCCGUGAUGGGACAGCUCAGGAAAACAUGAUGGAGCUGGGUCAGGGCCCAGGUGGGGAGGAGGGUGCCACAGUGGUGGCCAGGCAUGAAGCCUGGGUGAGAGAAGAGGCCAGGAUGGCUGCCAGCUGGGCAGCAAGUGACACCAAGAUGAGACAGCGGGUGGAGGAGGCCCUGGGGCUGCUGGAGCGCUUGGUGGCCGCGUGUGACGAAGCCAACGCCUUCCCCCGGGAGCUGCAGCGCAGGGUUGGGGAGAUUGUGGCCGCCAUGAAUGGGACAAAUGGGGUAUCCCCAAAUGUCCCUGAGGACUUGGUGGCCAAGGUGGCUGUGACUGAGUGGCUGUGGGACGCCAACGUCCGGCUGGCCAAGGAUCAUCUGGGAGGAACACUUGAGGACAUAAUCGACUGCUAUUUCAGCUGUGGUCCCGACAGCCCCCGCUGCCACAUGGUGGCCGAGCGGUGCCGAAGAGCCACCGAGGACAUCCCAAGGCUCCUUCAAGCCCCGGCGCAUCCCCAGAGUGUCCCCAAGCUGUCCUCAGUGAGCAUGGAGCUCCAAGAGCUGUCCCCGGCCUUGCUGCAGCCACAGGUUACUGUGGUGGCCAUCCUGGGUGAGCUGCUGGCCACCCUGCCCAGGGUGGAUGAGAUGAUGCGGCUGCUCAUGUCCCCAACAUGCCUGUACUGGGACCUGGAGGAAUUCACCAAGGAGUUCCGGGACACCCUGUACCGCAUUGAUGACACCUGGUGGUACCGCGAUGUCAUCUUUGAUGAUGAUGACCCUCCUACCAGCAUAAUCCAAGCCCUGGCUGCGUGGAAGAACAUCCCAUGGACAACCCAGGUCCAUGUAAUAUUGGCAGCCUGCCACUGGCACAGGUCGGUGUCUGGGCUUGUUAACGGCUGGGCCCAGCGGGCCAGGGCAGCCACCAAGCUCCGCAACACCUGCAGGAGGGUGGUCAAUGAGGUGGCCCACAGGGAGGCUACCUCCCAGACCAAGGAGCUCCAGGAGGAGGCUGCCCGUGAUGGGACAGCUCAGGAAAACAUGGCGGAGCUGGGUGAGGCCCCAGGUGCAGAGGAGGGGGCAGAGGUGGUGGAUGUGCAUAAAGCCGAGGUGAGGGAAGAGGCCAGGGAGGCUGCCAGCGAGGCAACCAGGGCCACCACGGUGAGACAGCGGCUGGAGGAGGCCCUGGGGCUGCUGGAGCGCUUGGUGGCCGCGUGUGAUGAAGCCACCGCCUUCCCCCGGGAGCUGCAGCGCCUGCUCAGGGACAUCAAGGCUGCCCUGGAGGGGAUAAAUGUGGCAUCCCCCAAUGUCCCUGAAGACUUGGUGCCCAAGGUGGCCGUGGCCGAGCGGCUGUUGGAGGCCAACGCCCACCUGGCCAAGAAUCACCUGCUGGGGACAGUUGACAGAAUCAUUGAGUUCUAUUUCACUGGUGGUCCCGCCAGCCCCAGUGCCUGUGGAGUAGCCAAGCGGUGCCGAAGAGCCACUGAGGACAUCCCAAGGCUCCUUCGACCCCCGGAGUGUCCCAAGAGCAUCCCCGAGAUGUCCCCAGUCAGCAUGGAGCCACGAGAGGUGUCCCCUCCGCAUCUGCAUGCGCUGGUGGCCGUGGUGGCCACCCUGGGCGAGGUGGUGGCCACUGUGACCGGGCCACACAGGGGCAAGUUCCUGCACGAGUCCCCAGACACCCUGCAUGAGGACCUGAAGAACUUCACCCGAAGCCUCUGUAAGAUCCUGGACCACAGCGAUGUCACCUCUCUGGGCAACUCUGGUAUCCCCUCCCUGGGCCGGGCCCUGGCCGCCCUCAGGACAGCCUCUGGGACCACCCAGGCCAAUGUGAGAGCCGUGGCCAGCGCCUGGCGGGAGUUGGUGGCCAGGCUCGUGGACUGCUGGGACCAGCUGGCCAGGGAGGCCACCAAGCUCCGUGACACCUGCAGGAAGGUGGUCACAGACCAGCAGCUGAUGGUGGCCCGGGACAAGGAGGAGGUGGCCCAGGAAAUGGCCACACACGAUGCCCAGGUGGUGGCAGCCACCAACGAGGCCAUGGGAGAGGCUGUGGUGGCCACCAGGAGGGGACAUUGGGCCGAGGUGGCCCUGGGGCCACUGCAGCGUUUGGUGGCCAUGUGUGACAAAGCCACCUUGUUCAACUGGAACAUGGAGUGCCGGCUCAAGGACAUCAAGGCCAUCCUGAAGGGGACAAAUGAGGUGUCCCCUGAUGUCCUCCAGGCCUUGGUGGCCAAGGUGGCCGAGUUUGAGUGGCUGUGGGUGGCCAGCGCCCGCCUGGCCAAGGAUCACCUGCUGGGGACACUUGGGGUCAUUGACAACAUCCUCUUGAGUCCCUAUGGUGACCAUGGCGGCCCCGGUGGCCCCGGCAGCCACACAGUGGACGAGCGGUGCCAAAAAGCCAUCGAGGACAUUCCGAGGCUGCUGUUGUGGUGGUGUUUGUAGGUCCCAGGAUGAGAGAAGAGAUGAGAAUCUGACUCCAUUUUUCAGGAUGAUUUAUUGUUUUAUGAUAUUAUAUUAAAUACGCUAUACUAAAACUAUACUAAAGAAAUAUCGAAAGGAUACAUCAGAAAGGUAGAAAAGAAUGAAUAGUAAAAACCCGUGACAGAGCAGAGAGCCUGACACAGCUGGUUGUGAUUGGCCAUUAAUUGAAAACAAUUCACAUGUUUGGAUAAACAAUUCUCCAAACCGCAUUCCAAAGCAGCACAACAUGGAGAAGCUGAAGCUUCCCAGGAGAAAAAAUCCUGGCAAAGGGAUUUUACAUGAAAUAUCACAGUGACAUGCUGUGGGGACAGUGAUGUCACCGGUGUGAAAUCAUUAGGGCAGUGAUGUCACUGGAGAAAGUUGUGGACACUUCAGUCCCACCAGCCCCUCAUGUCACCAAGUGCCCCUCAAGUGCCACCAGUUCCUCAAGUGCCACCAGCUGCUCGUGUCACCAAGAGUCCCUCAAGUGCCACCAGCUCCCCAAGUGCCACCAGUUCCUCAAGUGCCACCAGCUCCUCAUGUCACCAAGAGCCCCUCAAAUGUCACCAGUUCCUCAAGUGCCACCAGCUCCCUUAAGUGCCACCAGCUCCAUUAGGUGCCACCAGUUCCUCAUGUCACCAAGAGUCCCUCAAGUGUCACCACCUCCCUGAGUACCACCAGCUCCUCGAGUGCCACCAGCUCUUCGUGUCACCAAGACCCCCUCAGUUGUCACCAGUUCUUCGAGGGCCACCAGCUCCUCGUGUCACCAAGAGCCCCUUGAGUGCCACCAGCCUGGGACAGAACUGGCGCCACUGGGCUGGUGGUACUGCCAUGUCACUGGUGCCACCUGCAUGCUGUCCCUGUGUCCCCACAGAGGGGACACGCGGAGUGGCAGAGGGGACACAGGGGUAGUGGACAGGGGCUCUCAAAGGGACAGAGGGGACAGCAGAGCCCUCCAGGGAGGGCACAAGGGGGACCCUGGGAGGUCACAAGUGUCACCAGGUCCCUGACACCUCCCCUGUCCCCUUCCCAGCUGUCCCUUCUGCAGCUGGAGGUGAUGAUGGAUGUGGUGGCCAUCGUGGGCGAGGUGGUGGCCACCGUGACUGGGCCAUACAGGGGCAAGUGCCUGCACAAGUCCCCAAACUCCCUGCAUGAAGGUACCUGAGGAGAUUCACCGGGAGGCUCCAUAGGACCCUGAACCAUGGCAGUGUCACCUCCACCGUGGUGUCCCCUCCCUGGGCUGGGCCUUGGCCACCCUCGGGGCCACCCUGGGACCACCUGGGCUGAUGUGAGAGCCGUGGCCAGCGCCUGGCGGGAGUCGGUGUCCAGGCUCAUGGACAGCUGGGCCCAGCUGGCCAGGGAGGCCACUGAGCUCCGUGCCACCUGCAGGGAGGUGGCCACUGCUGAGGCCACCACAGCAGCCACCGCCCAGGCCAGGGACUGGCAGGACACGGCCGCCUGCUUGGGGACAGCUCAGGAAAACACGGUGGCCACAGAACAGGAGCUGCCACUGGCCCUUGGCAGGGAGGAGGGGCUGCGCUCAAGGCCUGGGUGGUGGCGGCCACCAAUGAAGUGCUGGUGGCCACCGUGGCCAUGGGAGAGGCCGUGGUGGCCAAGAGCCAGGUGUUGAUGGCCACCAGGAGGUGAAGGUGGCCCUGGGGCUGCUGGAGUGCUUGGUGGCCGCGUGUGACAAAGCCACCGCCUUCCCCCGGGAGCUGCAGUGCCUGCUCAGGGACAUCGUAAACACCACGGAGGGAACAGAGGAGGAGUCCCCCAAUGUCCCCAAGGCCUUGCCAGCCAAGGUGGCCAUGGCUGAGUGCUGUGUGAGGCCAACGCCUGCUUGGACAAGGAUCACCUGCUGGGGACACAUGAUGAAAUCAACAACAUCUUCAGUUCUGAUGCCAACAGCUCCAGUAUCCGUGUGGAGACCAAGAAUGCCAAAAAGCCAUUGAGGACGUCGUGAAUUUGCUGCAGGGAUGGUGAUGUCACUGCUGUGACAUCAUGGGGGCAGUGACAUCAUGGGAGACAUUGCUGCUCUCACCUGUCCCCUCCCCGUGCAAUAUUUGAGACAAAUUGGGGGAAUUUUCUGGGAAUUUUCAUUCAUACUGUCCCAAAUCUUGUUGGGAACUUCUGGGGUGAUGUCACCGGGGACAGUCUAGGGACACUCUGAGGACACUCAGGAACACUCAGGGACAGGGGUGAAGGAGUCCCCUCAGCAGCUUCCUGCUUUCCAUUGUGCCUGUAGCAGAGCCGGGACAUAAAUGACAAUUUAAAAAUUGCCUUCUGCAGUUCUGCAUUGGCUUUUGCACUUUUGUAUUGCCUUUUGCAAUUUUUUACUGCCUUUUGCACUUUUGUAUUGCCUUUUGCACAUUGUUACUAUUCAACAGCAAUUUGAUAUGGUGUUUGAUACUGAUAUUGAUUGUUGGUGAUUCCUUGUAGCGGCCGGUUGGUGCAAUAUAAUCUAUCAGUUCAUGUGUGCACCGUACAGCCUCUAAAUAAAUUAAUUAAUUGAAUAUUUUAUUAACUAAUAUUCUCUAUAUAAAUCAGAGCGGGCUGAUCUGAACUCUGUGUCAGACACAUUACCUGACCCCAGUGAGAGACGAGUGGUCAAUAAAGCCACCCCCACAUUCCUUGAGGGGAGCACAGCCAGGGAGCUGCUUCACUGAGGUAUAUCCCCUUGGAAACCCUGGGUGGGAUGCAAAUACACCCGAGCAGAUGGCAAAAUUAAAAUGAUAUCAAAGCCUUGUGAUGUGUGGGUUAAAACAUAGGGUCUCUAAAGCUGUAAAUUGGUCAAAGCUUUACCAAAUGAGGCCAAAUUAUGAUGAAUCUCCCGCUGAUUUUUUUAAACAAUUGAGGACAAACUGCCAUCAAAUAUAUUGAUCUAGAUCCUGAACCCUGAUGGUAAAGCACACCUGGUUUUGUUCUGUGUGGAUCAGGUUUCAAAUUAUAUAAAAAGCAAAGAUGAAGGGAGUUCAAGAGAGAGAUAAACUCCUGGAUGUUGCCUGGAAGGUAUUUUGAGAAGGGGCUCCACUGAAAGAGUUAAUCCCAACCUAGGAGGAAAGCAGCUCAGGAAAAGUCACCCAAGAAAGCUUUCCCUAUGGAGAAGGACCAGAGUGCAUCUUGUAAGAAAUGGGGGCAUUGGAAAAAGGACUGUCCAGUGAUGAAAGAAAAAUCAUCCGUCCUUAUCAUAGCAGUGGUCCCCACUUGGAAAUAAUGAGCAUUGGCUCCAUGAUUGCAGCAGGCUGAUCAAUCGCUUUGUUAUACCAUACUUUACUACUAAGAGAAACCCAUUGCCUUGCCAGACAGUCACAACACACAGGUGGAUCCAAUGGGUCAAUCAAGCCAAACAACCAUUGCCAGUAGCCAAUUGUUUUGGUUUAAAAGCAAAACCAGUGAGAAACUCCAAGGCAGAAACACAAUUUAUUUGGAAAAGAGAAAAAAACCCCAAUUAUAUGUAAUAGUACAAAAUGAAACCACCGACUGAGUCAGAAUACAACCUGACACGCUGCUAGUUAGGGCGGUGGUGGUAGCAGUCCAGAUGAAAUGGUCUUGCUGAAGUGGUGAUCCCAUAGAAAAGAUCUGGCAGCUCUUGUCCUCUGGAAACCAGUGGGUAAGGGCUGCCUGUCCUGUCCCAAAGCCCAGAUUAUAUCCAGGUGGGGAUGCUGAGCUCCUCCCCCUGGGCUGAGCAUCUCCCAUUGGACUGAUAUCAUUCUAUGAGUUAUGAUUUGUCGGAACCCAGGACAUUCCUCUGGCUGCUCUGGAGGACUCGAGACCCUGUCAGGGGGCUCAGAGACCUUGACACGGAGUCAAAAACACCUGUGUCUUUGAGUUUAGCCCAUGGAAACAGCCACCAACUUGGUAUGAAGAUGUACAAGCCACAAGAGUAUGGAUAGAAUGAUAUGAACUUGUCACAGGUAGAAAAUGCAGAAUUUUGGGGUUUAGAAUGGGUGAAAAAGAGGCAAGAUGGAGGAAUCUGGGCUUGUUCUGCCUUUCUUCUUCUGGUCCUCCAUCUUCUGCUGUGAUGGUGGCACUUUGGGAUUGGUUUAGAGACAGACUGUCUAACAUAGGUGAUAGGUAUUGGAAAAUUAUUGUAAAUAAAGUACACCUAGUUUUUAGUAGAAAAAGAUAACAACACCCUGAGGGUGGUCAGUGUGCCACGAACCAAGGUCUGCUAGACCUCAGCAGGUCAGGGAAAGAAUGUCACAGAUAAGGAAAAAUAGACAAGCUAGAAACCAGAGCUGAGGAAUUCCGACUCCUUCUUUGAUCACGGGGCUGGGAAAAAAGACUUUCCAACACCUUGGGGUCAUCUUGACCACAGAGACUCCAACACUGGUGUCCCUGGGUGGGCAUGGGCUUGCCUGCCCAGGCCACUGAACACCAGACAUCGAAUCCCAGCCCGAGAAGAGGCACACCAUUGGAGAAAGAUUCCUGAACAGACAACUUGACCUCUGCUGAGACAAGUCACUUCAAAUUCAACCCGGAAAGGAGGAAACCUGGAAGGCGCCUGCGAGUUCCUCACCUGAGAUCUGCUGGCCGGUGUCCAGGAAAACCUCCAGAUUGAUUUUGCAGAUGACGCAGGUUUUUGUAUGAGGGGUCAAAAUUAAGAACAUGGGGGGAGCUUAUUCCCAGGAGCAACUUAGCAUCUUGUCCGCCCUGCAGCGCGUGACGGCCACAUAUCCUAUGGAAAUUAAUGAGAAGGAACUCAAGGAACUUUUACUAUGGAUUCUCUGUCAUUACCCGUAUUCAGAAUCCUGUUUGUUUUUUGAGUCAGGGUUUUGGCAAGAAAUCAAGAGACACCUUUAUCAUUGUCCUGGUUCAGGCCAAAUUUGGGAGAGAACCCCCAAUAUCGGAACCCAGGACAUCUCUCUGGAUGCCCUGGAUGGCUCAAAGCCCUGGCAGGGGCUCGGAGACCCUGGCCAGAAGCCAAAGACACCUGGGAAUUUGAUCUCAACCCAUGGAGCAAAUUACCAACUUUAUAUGGAGAAGUCCAAGUCACAAAACUUUAAGUAGCAUAGUAGUAGCAAUCACAGGGUGAAGGGAAAAAUUUUGGAGCACUGUACAGGGGGGUUUUGAACCUUGUACAGGGGGUUUGGAACUCUGUAUAUGGGGGUCAGGGGUUCCAAGAUGGAGAGAUUUGGGUGUGCCCUGUCCUCUUCUUUCUUCUCCUUGGCAUCCAUGUUCAGGGUGAUGUUGGCAUUCACAGAUUGGUUUAGAGUAGAAAGUCACUGUCUAACAUAGGUGAUAGGCAUUGGAAAAUAACUGUAAACAUAGUAUAUGUAGUUUUUAGUAUAAAAGACAGUACCAGCCCGAGAGGCGGAGAGUGUGCCUCAGACCAACCUGCAGAACAGACCUUGGCAGGCCAGGCAGAAAAUGUUUGAGAUAAAGAAAUAAUAAACAACCUUGAGAAUGACAACCGAAGACUUCUUGACUCCUUCUUCGGCUGCUGGGUUGGGGAGAAGAGACUUUUAACAGAGACACACCUCAGGAUCUUCCCAACCAGACCAGACCAGAGGAGAUCCCGAGAGAUUUUCAAUCAUCCACACCCAGGUAGAGUAAGGACCUGGCCACAGCCCAAGCUCAAACUGGAUGGUAUUCAGGAUUACCUUUCUGUGUAAAACUGUUAUCAAACUCAGAAGUGCUGAGAAAAUCUCUAGAAUGCCAUAGCCACAGCCUUUAAUUCAACCACUUGGGCUGAGGCUGGCUGGUGGCCUUCUGGCACUAUGAGCUGUCAGUGAAGAUGGUAGUUCUUUCCCCCUCCUUUUAAUUACUUUUUUUAUUAUUAUUUUCGUUUUUUCUUCAGAAGGCCAGCAGCAGUGGCGGGCAGUGGGACCCAGACGUGGUGGGCGGGAUGGGAGACCCGGCCCUGGCGGGCAGGCCAAGGGACACAGACCCUGUGGGCAGGGCGGUGACACCGCCACUGCCGAGCCCAGAUUCAUUCGGCUCGUUCCCUUCCCCCAGCUUUGCACUGGUGUCAUUUGGGGCACCUGGAUCUGGGGUCCCUGGGACAGCCUGUGCCCAUCCCCAGAUGGGUGAUUCACUUCUGCCUUCUCCUUCACCACCCACCCCCACCAAGCAGCCAACGUCUCAGCAAUCCCCCCGGCAUUUCGCCCUUCCCUCACUCCUGUGUCAUCAUCAUAUUUUCAGGAAAAAUUCCCUUGCCCAGGAUUCUUCUCCUGGGAAGCUGAGACACCUCAGAGAAAAAGGAAAACAAUAUUAUCUCAUUUGCUUCUCCCGUGUUUUGCUGCUUUGGAAUGUGGUUUGGACAUUGUUUAUCAACAGGUGCAUGUUUCAUUGGUUUCAUGUGAAUCGUUUUGACUUAAUGACCAAACUCUGUCGGGGCUCUGGAGACAGUAAUGAGUUUUUCAUUUUUAUCUUUUAGCCUUCUGUAAGUAUCCAUUCUCUAUUCUUCAGUACAGUUUUACUAUUGUAUUUUUUAAUAUAAUAUAGUAACAUAAUAAAUUAACCUUCUAAGAACAUGGAGUCAGAUUCAUCAUUCCUCCCAAUGAUGGGGGACUCUGAAAAUACCGCACUCCCGGGCAUGGACCAGGGCACAGCCUCUCGGGACCCUGCUCCUCCCGCGCUGUGAAUGAGAGUGGAACACACGCGGUGCCCCAAGGCAUGGCAGGGAAGGUGCUGGUUCCAGGGAAUGUUGACCUUUAGAUUUUGCAGUACGGUCAGGAUGGCGCCCAGCUGUGAGAGCACACCCCUGCUGAGGGACAGGCUGUGGGUGCUCGCUGCUGUCCCUGUCCCUGUUCCCUGGUGACCUGAGGGAAACAGCAGGGAGUAGGACAGCUGGGAGUGGCAGGGCAGGCCGGGGAUCUUCUUCAGCACCACAGCUCACAUCCCGGAUGGGAGCCGGGCUGGCUGGAGGCGGUGGAGCCAGCAGCGGGGCAUUCCUGGCCAGCACUGCAGGCACCACUGCUGAUGAACC